AUGACCGUCCCCCCGAAGCAAAAGAGCCCCCCUCCCGGGAUCUACUGCCCAGUGAUCUCGUUAUAUACCUCGACUGACCGCCAAGAUAUCGACCUGGAGGCAUCGUCGAAAUUCUUCAGCUACCUGAUCAGCAGUGGCAUCGACGGACUAGUGCUGGCCGGGACCACCGCCGAAGCAGCCCUUUUGUCCGCCGACGAACGAAAGGACUUAGUCCAGACCGCACGAAAAGCAGCCGUCGAUCUAGGACGGCCAGACCUCCCCAUCAUGGCGGGAAUCAGCGGCCAGUCGACCAACGAGUCAAUCCGCCUCGCGCAGUCAGCCUGGGACGCAGGGGCGGACUACGGCCUGCUCCUGCCCCCGAACUACUGGCCCAAAGCCGUAUCCCGAGACAUCAUCCUAGACUUCUACCGCGCAGUCGCAGACGCGACUCCUCUACCCAUCGUAAUCUACAGCUUCCCAGCCGUCACCAACAACAUCGACCUAAACUCCGACCUCCUCUCCUCCCUCGCCGAACACCCCAACAUCGUCGGCGUGAAACUCACCUGCGGCAACGCCGGCAAGGUCACCCGCCUGACGAACAAAUACACCCACGACCAAUUCGCCGUCUACGCCGGGUCCUCGGACUGGCUGAUCCCGUGCCUCAGCGGUGGGGGCAGCGGCUGCGUGACCGGCAUCGCGAACGUGUUUCCGCGGACAGUGGCGCAUCUGUAUGAUCUAUGGAAGAAGGGGGAGGUGCAAGAGGCGCGUCAGCUGCAGGGCGUUGUGGCGGAGGCCGAGAAGGCGUGUAAAGAGGGGAUUGCACCGACGAAGUACGCGGCGGCGUAUUUUGUGGGUGAUGCGGUUGGGAUUCAGGAGAGGGCGUUCUGGCCGCGGAGGCCGUAUCGGGCGGUUGGGGAGGUGGUGAGGAAGUGGGUGGUUGAGGUGAUGGGGUUUUUGGAGGGGGUUGAGAGGUCUAGAGUUUGA